GUAUCUAGUAUCUAAUAUCCAACAUAAAAAAGAAAAAGGAGGGCAAGGAAAAAAAAAAAAAAAAAAGGAGAACAAGGCAUGAAGAUAUUUAUUCGGGACACGUGCUAAACUGGACGACGCCGUUGUAAUGCUUGGUAGGAUAAUCUUUAGGAUUCUGGCAAAUCCUCUCUCCAAUGGCGUCUCUCUCCUCCCUCCCUGGAACGGCUAACUCCAUCUUCUCCUCCAACACCCACUUGAAAUUCCGUCUUUCACCUUCGAAACUGCUUUUCCCACCCCUCUGCGCUGCCCCAUACGACCGAAACACCACCACUUCUUCCCCGCCACACCAGUAUCGCCGUAACAACAACCGUUACUCUCCACAAUCAAGACCUCGCCGGAACAACAAGCAAGAUUACAGAAGAACCAAUCCUCCUAUUGAAAAAGAAUCUGGCCCAGUUACAUUGAGCCCCAUCUCAGCAGCUGAUGUUAACUUGAUGACUCUCUGCAAUGAGGGUAAAAUUGAUCAAGUAAUCGAGUACAUUUCCCUAGGCGUUGCCGCUGACUUUCGUGUUUUUGAGACAUUGUUGAGCUAUUGUACUAAACUUGCGUCUUCGGAUGUUGGGGAGAAGGUGCAUGAGCUAUUAUUGCGUUCCCCUUGGAGUAACAAUAUUGAAUUGAAUGGUAAGUUGGUGGAAAUGUACGUUAAGAACGGAAGCAUGAGGAGCGCCAGAAAAGUAUUUGAUAAAAUGCUUGAAAGGAAGUUGGAGUUAUUGCACUUGAUGAUUAGUGGGUAUGCUGAAACUGGAGAUGGGGAGGGUGGUUUGCGUUUGUUUGAGCAGGUGAGAAAACUUAGGCUGUUGGAGCCCAAUGUGGACACUUUUUUGGUGGUUCUUUCGGCUUGUGCUAGUAUGGGGGCUGUGAAACAAGGAUUUAUGUAUUUUGAGCUAAUGAAGAAAGAGUAUGGGAUUGUUCCCAGUGUUGAGCAUUAUUUGGGGGUCAUUGAUGUUUUGGGAAAAUCUGGGCAUUUGAAUGAAGCGCUAGAGUUUCUUGAAGACAUGCCUAUUGAGCCUACAAAACAAGUAUGGGAGACCGUCAUAAAUUUUGCACGAAUUCACGGGGAUAUCGAACUUGAAGAUCACACAAACGAGCUGCUCGUUAGGUUAGAUUCUUCCAGAAAUAUGACUGAUAAGACCCCUGCACCGUUUCAGAAGAGGCAUUCUGAGUUUAAUAUGCUUGAGGGUAAAGAUAGAGCUAAUGAGUUCAAGAGCACAAUCCCACAUAGAGCAGAUGCAUAUGAAAAAUUGAAAGGCUUAAGCGGGCAGAUGAGGGAUGCUGGUUAUGUACCUGACACGAGGUAUGUUCUUCACGAUAUUGAUGAGGCGGCUAAGGAGCAAGCGCUGAUGUAUCAUAGUGAGCGAUUGGCUAUUGCAUAUGGUUUAAUUAGUACUCCGGCAAGAACAACUCUUAGGAUCAUCAAGAACCUCCGGAUAUGUGGUGACUGUCACAACGCCAUUAAGAUCAUGUCAAAGAUUGUUGGGAGAGAGUUGAUUGUCAGAGAUAACAAGCGUUUUCAUCAUUUCAGAGACGGUAAAUGCUCUUGCAAUGACUACUGGUGAAGUCAUUAGUCUACGUUGAGACUAUUAUUGCAAUUCUAUUGUAGAAUUGUAAAUCUACUAGGUGCGAUACGUUCUUGGGAAUCAUGUUUACCGGAUGACAUCAGAUUGUACAUCCGUUAUAUGAAUGAUUAUCUUGCAAGACAACAAA